CCCUUCCCCUUCUCCCAACCUGAAGUUCUUUCUUUUUUGGAGCAAAAUUUGUGAGGCUCUUCUCUAACGAGAAACUCUCUUGUUUAUCCACAAAAUUCUAAAACAUCUUUGUUUUAAUCACCGAGAGGAUGCAGUAGUUUGAUCAGCUGUGAAAUCUUUCGUCUUUAUUCUGAAUUACUUUUGCUUUUCGUCCUCGAAUUGGUUUUGAAAAAGUAAGCUUCAGUGUGACGGGCAAGAGAAGUUGUCUUUGUUGGUCUUGCCCUCCAUUUGUUUACCACUUCAUUCCUGCAACUACGAAGUUAUACGUUUAAGAAUAUAAAGAUGACUAUGGAAUUAAGAGUAGGAAACAAGUACAGACUAGGAAGAAAGAUAGGAAGUGGUUCAUUUGGUGAUAUUUAUCUUGGCACCAACAUAGCUACUGGUGAAGAAGUUGCUAUUAAAUUGGAAUGCAUUAAAACCAAGCAUCCUCAGCUCCACAUAGAAUCAAGAUUUUACAAAAUGCUGCAGGGUGGGGUGGGAAUCCCUGCUGUAAAGUGGUGUGGCUCUGAAGGGGACUACAAUGUCAUGGUGAUGGAACUUUUAGGACCUAGUUUGGAAGACCUCUUCAACUUUUGCUCCAGGAGAUUCUCACUAAAGACAGUACUUCUGCUAGCUGAUCAGCUUGUUUGUCGAAUUGAAUAUAUCCAUUCAAAAAAUUUCAUCCACAGAGAUAUUAAACCUGACAAUUUUCUUAUGGGACUUGGUAAGUUAAAUUUUUUACAUUUUUCCUACCUGCAGACCUUACAAUUCUGUUGUUUUCUAGGUAAAAGAGGUAACCUUGUUUAUAUAAUUGACUUUGGUCUGGCCAAAAAAUACCGUGAUGCCCGUACCAAUGCCCACAUUCCUUACAGAGAAAAUAAAAAUUUGACUGGUACUGCUAGAUAUGCUUCAAUUCACACUCAUGUUGGGAUUGAACAAAGCCGACGUGAUGACCUGGAAAGUCUUGGCUACGUGUUAAUGUAUUUUAAUCGAGGAUCGUUACCUUGGCAAGGUUUACGUGCUGCCACUAAACGCCAAAAAUAUGAAAUCAUUUCAGAGAAGAAAAUGUCUACGUCCGUUGAAGAGCUUUGUCGCGGAUAUCCUGCUGAAUUUGCCACAUAUCUCAACUAUUGCCGGUCACUACGCUUCGAGGAAAAACCAGAUUAUCCAUAUUUGCGACAUCUUUUCCGCAACUUGUUUCACCGACAACGUUUCACAUAUGACUACGUAUUUGAUUGGAACAUGCUCAAAUUUGGUGGUGCUCAAAAGCCAGCUUCAGGAGCAAACGGAAGCAGUAGUAAUGGCUUAGCAACAGCAAAUUCAGCACUCCCCAUAGCACCAAACCCAGUGGCAAUGCCUGUUGAUGUAGCCGCGUCUUCUGAAGAUAAAGAGCAGAGAGCUCGAGCAUACAGGAAUACACCCAUAGCGCAGUGGGUAGGUCAGACAGCGACUCUACCACCUGAAAGACCUGUACAGCCAGCGACCAAUCCACCAGCCCCCACACGGCCCUCGUUCUCGCAUCCUACUAACCCUUUGCCUGCAACGUCCGCUUCUUGGGCUGCGCGUUCUCGUGCAGCUCGUACCCAACAGUGAAAUAAUGAAAGUAUCAUUUGCAGGCUUUUUAAGAUUUGAUGGUAACAAUUGAGUCAUGAAUAUAUGGAUAUUGUUACCAAAAUGUACGACCAACCCUUGUUGUAAAUGUUUAUCAUCCAUUUUCUUCCUCUGAUCUUGCCACCUUUUUGCAUCCCUUCCCGUCUCCUCAGUUCUCGAUUUGCUCUUCGUAACGUGUCGCAGCCUUGAAAAUUGUUUUUUGAAUUAAAAUGAUGAAAUGAAGAAAAAAAAUUACGUGUAUGUUGUCACACUUCUGUAAAUUACGCGACAAGCUUAUCGGAAUACAAAUGGUUUCUAAACACCA